CUACCUGACCCUCCUGCCCCCGCCCCACACCUCCCCCGCUCCCAUCCAUGCCCGCCCUCUUCUUCUCAAUCUCCCACAACACCCUUGUCUACCCACUCACCCCCUUCUUUUACGUCGUCGUCGUCGUCGUCGGAAUCAUCAUCAACGCCUCCGUCAAAAUUACCGGUUGACUUUAGUCCACCCUUGAUAGCCAUGGUUGUCAUCAUCGCAACCGCCUUCGUCAUCAUCACCUACUCGCGCCUCCUCUCCCGUCACUUCAUCCACAUCUAUCGCCGUUACAGACGGUGGCGUCGACGUCGCCGGCGGUAUGUCCCGUCCUCGUCCGCCGGUGAUAUCGAGUCUCUGCCCUAUUCGUUUGACCCCACAGACGCCUUCCACGUGCUGUCACCGUAUGGCCUUGACGAAUCGAUCAUCAAAACCAUUCCUCUGUCCGUCUACACGCGUAAAAGCGGCUUCCACGAUUGCGCGGUGUGCUUGUUGGAGUUCGAAGAUAACGAUUACGUCCGUACGCUUCCGGUUUGCUCCCACGCCUUCCACGUUGACUGCAUAGAUAUAUGGCUCCGGUCGCACGCGAAUUGCCCGCUCUGCCGCGCCGGAAUAUUUCGUCAGGAUUCCCCCUUCACUCCUUUAAUGGCAGCGAGAAUUAGACCCAGUCUUGAUGACAUGAUAGUCGAGAGCACAAUUCUGGAACCUCUCAGCGAAAUUCCGAUGGAGUCGGAGGCAAUUACAGAGGGAGAAAUCACUCAGGAAGCGUCGCCGAGGCGGAGCAAUAUUCAAUCAGAGGACAGAGUCAACCGCCGGGAUUUCUUGUUGAAGCGAUCAUAUUCGUUCGGCUUCGAACGAAACUUAGGAUCGGAGAGACUAGUUCUAGAGCCGGUAACAGCCUCGCCGUGGCGGUAUAGGCGAGGAGGCGGCGGCGGAAGUUUCUGGAGCAAACGUGCUUCUCCAUUUAGCUCCCUAACAAAACCCAGGGUUUUCUCAUUUCGCUACUACAGAGGCAUGAAAUCCCCAUUCUUGCGACGGCGGAGCAUCGGCGGGUUCUUCCCGUUAUCCGAGUCGAGCAUGCGUCUGGGCUUAUCAAGCGGGGGCAGCUCGUCGAGGAGGACAAAGUCGUUCGCCAGCCCAAUGUUCAUGAGGUCGUCGGCAGCAGCAGCUGGGGCGGUGUUCUCAUCCAGCCGGCUAAGAAGCGGCGAUCCAGAGGCACUACUGUCACCGGAGAGAUAUAACAGAGGGUGAGGAUGAAGGACACGUGGAUGGAUGAGAAUUAAAUGAGGAAAAUUGGAGGGGGGGGGGGGGGGG